CGUCUCAGUCGUCAGCAUGGAACGUUGGCGCAACAAAGUGGCCGUGGUGAGCGGCGCCAGCGCUGGCAUCGGUGCCGCCUCUGCCCGCGCCUUGGUCGGUGCCGGUCUGUUGGUUGUGGGUCUGGCCAGACGCCAGGAUCGAAUCGAGCAGCUGCGCGCCCAGCUGCCGGUGUCGCAGCAACGGCGCCUGCACGCUAUCCAAUGCGAUAUAAGACACGAAUCGCAAGUGCUGCAGGCAUUCGAGUGGACCAAGCGACAGCUGGGCGGCGUACAUGUGCUGGUCAGCAAUGCGGGCAUCAUGGCCACCACGGAGCUGAGCGGUGCUGGCAAUACGCAACCGAUACGCGACACCAUCGAGACGAACAUAAUGGGCAGUGUCUAUUGCGUACGCGAGGCAUUUCAGGCGAUGCGGCAGGAUGAGCAGCAGCCGGGCCAUGUGAUCAUUGUUAACAGCGUGGCGGGUCAGCAGGUGCCAAAUCUGGGCGCACAGCUGCCCUCGCUGAACAUCUAUCCGGCGAGCAAGUUUGCUUUGCGCGCCAUGCAGGAGAUCUAUCGGCAGGAGUUCCAGCGUCACAAGACCCAAGUCCGCGUCUCGACCAUCAGUCCAGGCAUUGUCGACACGGACAUCUUGCCCGAGCAGCUGCAGGGCGUCAUCAAGCAGCACAUGCCCAUGCUGCGCGCCGAGGAUGUCGCCGAUGCCAUACUCUGGACCAUUGGCACGCCAGCCAAUGUGCAGGUGCAAAACAUCACCAUCAAGCCGCAGGGUGAAAAGUUUUAGGCGCAGUUCGCAUUUGACUUUAUGCAUAUAGAAACAUUAUAUUGAUGAACCAAAUAUAUACACUAAUCACGGCA